CUCUCACGGUAUUUUCGCGCACAGAUAUUAAUCCGGAAACCCUCUCAGUUAAGCAAGGCACACACUCUCUCUCUAUCUCUUUCGCUUUCUCUUUCUCUGUCUAAGAACGCUCGCUUGGGAUUCCUCAGAGCGAUAAUGGAGCGUACCUUUCCUUGGUAGAAAGGUUUAGCCGGAGAAACUACUUCAAACAAAAAAGGGUUUGGCGAGAGAGAGAGAGAGAGAAAUUUGAGGAAAUGGGCCUUCUUUCCAACAAAAUCCAGAAGGACGACCUGAAACCAGGGGAUCACAUUUAUUCAUGGAGAAACGCCUAUAUUUAUGCUCAUCAUGGCAUAUACGUCAGCGAAGACAAGGUGAUCCAUUUCACUCGGGGAGCCGGUCAAGAGAUUGGAACUGGAACCAUUCUUGACCGUCUCCUUCUCAGCUCAUCUCCAGUUCGCUCAGACACCCCAUGCGAAAAAUGCGGAGACAACACUCGUCUUGAUGGGGUCAUAAGCUCGUGCCUUGAUUGCUUCCUCUCUGGUGGUGAUCUCUACCGCUUCGAAUAUGGUGUCACCUCCAUCUUCUUCCUUGCCAAGGCCCGAGGAGGCACGUGCACCCUUGCCUGUUCAGAUCCACCUGAAAAGGUCCUCCAUCGGGCUACUCACCUCCUUCAAAAUGGGUUUGGAUUUUACCACGCCUUCAGGAAUAAUUGUGAGGACUUUGCAAUAUAUUGCAAGACCGGGUUGCUAGUGGUUACGAGCCUGAGUGUGGGAAGGAGUGGGCAGGCAGCCUCGCUCUUGGCAGCAGCUUCAGCUAUUGUGUCAUCACCUUUGCGUUUUAUGACCACCAGUUUUAGUGGCCUGGCGGUGGUGGCUGCAGGCAUGUAUUGCAUUGGCAGGUAUGUGGUUGAUAUGGGGGUGAGAAGGGAUGUGAUUGAGAUCGCUGUCGAGGACCUGGUGGCUAGGUCCGAAGUGAUCAGGCCCGAGGUUGUGGGGGUUGUGCCUGAUGAAGUGCUUGGCAGACUUCAUGGUAGCACGCAGCAGCUUGUGGCCAACUGAGUUAUGAGUUGGGUUGGGCCAAUAUUAAAGGUAUUGGGAGGUGGAGUAAAGGAAAGGGCCUAGUAGAAUGUGUUUUUUUUGUGGACCUGGAUGUAUUUGUGUGUAUGAGAGGCCCGCAUGAAGAUGAAAUGCGGGUGUUGGUCUCCCAUGUUGUGAUUCAAUGGCUUGUAUUAGGAAGGCCAUCUGGAUCAUCCAGUCAAAUGAGUACUUUUACUUGGUAACAUGCGCUUUCUUCGUCUUAUCAGGAAGUGCAUAUUAAUGGUUGACGCCUCGCAGGAAGAAGAGGCUUGUGAAGAGAAACACCGGAGAAGAAAAGAAAUUUCUUUCAAAAUUGGAUAGUUUCUAUUCAAUCUUGAAGUGUUAGGUUUUUCUAAUAUACAGAAGAUACUUGGAAAAUUUCUUUUGCUAAAAUUAUUGUAGUAAAGAUUCCUAAAAAUUUGAGAUUUAAA